GUUGAUCUUGACUCUUUCAUCCACUCAUACUCACACUCACACUCACAUAUAUUCUCCGCUUACCUCCUUCUCUCUCUCUCUCUUCCUGUCUCUCAUACAGAUACAGACACAGACACAUAUACACCCCAGGUCAUCGGGUGGUGUCUGGUUCUGACUAAUAUAUUUUGAUUGACAGAGAGGAUACUUACUGUAUCUUGGACCUGGUACUUCGAUGGAGAAGAUCGAAGAAAAGUUCUCCAAUCCAAUCAAGGAUUGGAGACGGAGGAGCUCCGUUGAAAACUCGUCGCGGUGGGCGGGCGAGCAUGCUGGCUAUGAUAACACGCCGCUGCCUCGCUUUACGGCAGCAGGCCUCGGCAUGGGUGUUUUGGUGUCGAUGGGCGGAUUCGUGUUUGGCUACGACACGGGUCAGAUUUCUGGAUUCCUGGAAAUGAAAGACUUCCUGCGGCGCUUUGGCCAGCGACGCCGAAACGGCACUUUCUACUUUUCUAACGUGCGGUCUGGUCUUAUUGUUGCGCUGCUGUCGAUUGGUACGCUGUUUGGAGCGCUGAUUGCGGCGCCCAUUGCGGAUUUCAUUGGCAGGAAGAAUAGCAUCAUUGUGUGGUGUGGCAUCUUCUCCAUUGGUAUCAUCGUCCAGAUCGCGGCAACAGACAAGUGGUAUGAGAUCAUGAUGGGCCGUUUUGUCGCUGGUUUGGGGGUAGGCGCACUGAGUUUGCUUGUGCCCAUGUACCAGGCCGAAACCGCUCCUCGCCAUAUUCGAGGUGCCCUCAUCUCAACGUACCAGCUGAUGAUUACUUUUGGAAUUUUCCUCGCUGCCGUUUUCAACUAUGCGGCUGAGAAACACCAGUCUGGCAAGGCGGCUUCGUGGCAAAUCACCCUGGGUCUUUCGUUCGUACCGGCUGUGAUUCUUUCAGUCGGUAUCUUGUUCUUUUCCGAGACACCUCGCUACAACUACCGCCAUGGCAAGGUAGACGAGGCGGUCAAGACAAUGACAAAGGUCUACGGCGUGCCUGAGAACAACUACAUGGUCCAGCUCGAACUCGAGGAGAUGAAGGCCAAGCUAGAGGCUGAGAGCAAAGUCAGCAACGGACCCAUCCAGGAGUGGAUUGGCAUGUGGAAAGCGCCCAAGAUGGCGUACCGCAUCGCCAUCGGCAUGGGAUUGCAGAUGUUCCAGCAACUGACGGGCGCCAAUUACUUCUUCUACUAUGGCACUACCGUUUUCGCGGGUACCGGUAUCAAGAACUCGUUCGUAACGCAGAUGAUCCUGAACGGCAUCAACUUCGGCGUCACCUUCUACGGGCUGUAUAUUGUCGAGCAUUACGGUCGCCGCAAGUCGCUCAUCGCCGGCUCGUGCUGGAUGUUCAUUUGCUUCUUGAUCUUCGCUUCCGUCGGCCACUUUUCGCUUGAUCGCCAGGAUCCUCAGCGGACCGAGAGCGCGGCUACGGCUAUGAUCUGCUUCGCCUGUUUCUUCAUUUUUGGAUUUGCGACCACCUGGGGCCCGAUGAUCUGGACUAUUUGCGGUGAGCUGUAUCCCAGCCGCUACCGUGCGAAAGCAAUGGCGCUGUCGACAGCAUCGAAUUGGUUGUGGAACUUCCUGCUUGCUUUCUUCACCCCGUUCAUCACUGGUGCAAUCGACUUCCGCUACGGCUACGUCUUUGCCGCAACCAACGUGGUCGGCGGUCUCCUUGUCUACUUCUUUGUCAUCGAAGGUCAAGGCCGUACCCUCGAGGAGAUUGACACCAUGUACCUGAUGGGAGUCAAGCCGUGGGAAAGCGCAAAUUGGGUGGUGCCCAGCAUCGAGGAGAUGAGCGGCAAGAUGAGAGAGCAGCUCGAAGCAUUGAACCCCGAGUUGGCACUCAAGAAAGAGGCGGCGCCAGGCGGCGAGGGUGGCGUACUGGAAAAUGCAGAGAAGGAAGAGCAUAGCGAUGUAACGGGCGAAGGGAGUGAGGGAGCGACACGACAGCGCAAGGAGCUCGAGGCAUAAUCGGGGGGUCUUGGCCCGAAGACUGGCCGGGAUUGCCCUGCGGUGAGGUAGAGCAGCCCCGCGUCGUUUGUUAAUCUUUUAGUCAGUAAUAAUUCUUGUCGUUCCACUCGACGUUAUAGUUGCAGUCCAGGGUGGUAUGCCUUGGUAACAUGAUCGAAAACUCGACGUUGAGAGAGAGCAAACGCCACUCACCCCUGGUAUGGCCCAGUGCCUAAGCUCGGCACAGAAGUUUGCAAAUACACCGUAUUUUUGGGCGUGGCGGCCUGACAGCAUGUUUGAGGGACCGUUUCAAGGCUAUCUUGGCUGUUGGCGACGCAUGGGGCAAGUAGGUUUUGGCAAGAUGCUUGAGGCGGCUGGCGAGGAUACCCGCGUGCGGAUGGUUCGGCGGAACAAUGAUCCUGGAUCCUUC